UUUAACUUGAAAUACUGCAAUUUCCUACAGCACCUAAAUGCAGCAAAAUAUUGCUUAGUAGCCAAUAAACUAACAAAUUAAAGGUUUAUUUUUACAUGACCUCCUGAAUGAUUGAACAACUUCUACAUUGAUCCAGUAAAAUGUCAGCCAGACGAUUUAUAACAUCUUAUAACUUUAGAGAACUACAAUUGUACUAACUCAGACUAAACUAACAAGUUUACGGCAGUGACCUUUGACCUUGUGGGCGUGAACAUCGCGUCACUCUGAAUGCGGCAGAAAGAGAAGAGAACAUCAACGGAAGGAAAGAUUCCCUUUAUUGGUUAGAGUUACAGGUGCAAACUCACCAGGAUGUCGGAUAGUGAAUCCAUCAAAAAGAUGUUGCGGUCUGUGCUGCAGUCCAGCAAGACCGGCGUGUCUGUGAAUAAACUCCAGGGUGAGUACCGUUCCCUAUGCGGAGAGUUCAUCCCGCUGAAGAAGCUCGGCUUCUCGAGACUGGAGGACUACCUCCAGAGCAUCCCAUCUGUGGUCCACCUGGUGUACCGCAUGGGUGAGUUGAAAUGCUUUGCAGCAGUGUGUGAAGAGACGGCGCACAUUGCAGAGCUGGUGGCCAGGCAGAAGAGUGCCAAGAAAUGUGGACGUUACAAAGUGGUCAACUGCACGAUGAGAUUCAAGCCGUCAAACCCGUACAUACUCAACGUGAGGCCAAGGUCUUCUCUCCGCCAGCCCUCAGCUGCUGGUGACUCAAACUGGUCCUCAAAUCGUUAUCGGCCCCAAGGAGCCUGCGGAGGCUUCAGUGCAGCAGGAGACUACAGAAAGCUGGACCCAAAGUUGAGCUCCAUCACUCCUGUUGAACACAGACAACCAGUUCCCAAACCAGCUCCACAAACAGCUGUGAAGCAGUGGGUGCCUGAGAGCAGGCAGGGGAGUUUUGAAAACAGCUGGAAGACCAAAGAUGAUCCUCCAAAAAAAGUGUUGAGAGCCGAGCCAUCUAACUUGAAACUCCAGUCUUGUCAGUAUGACGUGGAGCUGGUGCAGAGCAGGAUGACUCAGCUCCUGAGGAAAUACUGCAGCGGAGUGUGGAUGUCGAAGCUUUCAGGGGUCUACAGGGAAAUGUUUGGUCAGGAGCUCCACCCUCAGGUGCAAAUCAAUCUGGAGCAGUGGACACACGUCUGUCUGGUGGAGAAACCCUCCACCAACUCCAGAGCAGACCGCCUCAUCUACCCUCCUGUGCCUUCAAAGCCUGAAACCGUCCCUCCACACAGCACAACCAACACCCUUCUAACAUCCUGCAACAAUUCCAGCACGGUCACCACACCCAUUUCGUCUCCUCCAUCAACACCUGAACAACCCCACCCUGACCCCUUUCCUUACCCGACUCCUAGAACUUCUCCACCAACUCCCAAACCGAGAACUUCCCCCAAAAACCCCGUGGCCAAGCCCACCUUCAUCUUUCCUUCCCAGCCUGUUGCAGGUUUGUCAGCCAACCCCCCUUCAGUCUCACUCCGCAGCCCCGCUCAUAACCCAGCUCUGGCUCCUCGCCUGUCCCCCUUUGCCGGUCUGGCUGCCAGUACAAAUGCUAGCUCACCUACGACUGACCUCAACCACAACAAAAACAUGCCUCCAUUAGCUCCGACCUUGACAAGCCCUGCAAAAACAAACACUUCUCCCCUAUCCUCCACCUCAAUGCCCGGCCCUGACAUCUUACCACUUCUGAAGGUUACCUUUUCCACUUCCUCCGAUCCUGUCCCUCGUCCCCCCUCACAAUCGUCCGCUCCCGUUAUGUCGGCUGAUGUGAGCCAAAAACUAAAGGACCUCCUCUCCAAGUACAGUCACGGUCUUUGGGUCCACGGUCUGCCCCAGCUCUUCAUGGACACGUUCAAGACACCAUUCCCAGACCACAUUCUCCACAACCUGUCUCUUUUGAUGGACAUGUGUGAUGUGGAGUAUCCCGUGCCAGGUGACAAAACAAAGGCCAUCCUGUACAACUCCAGUAGAGCGGACAUGGACGCCGAACACAGAGCAGAGAGCCAGCAGUGCAGAAGCCACUUCCUCCCCUCUGGUCUGAGGGUCCUGAGUCCUGUGAUUCCUCCCUGUCUGCUGCUUCCCAGCGAACAGUUCCCCUCGGUGCUGGUAACUGAAGCCAUGAGCAGCAGCGUGGUCACUAUAAGGUAUGUGGGCGAGAACUACUCCAACGCUCAGGAGGCCAUGGAGGAGUCGAUGCGCCCCUUCUACUCGAGCUCCCCGCACCUUCCUGUGAGUCGCCCUGUGGUCGGUCAGCUGGUAGCAGUCAGAGGAGAGGAGGUAGAGGAGCUGGCUCGGGCUCAGGUGAUGGAGAUCAUGGACCCUAACAAGAUCAAGGUGUACUAUGUGGACUACGGCUUCUCUGUGGAAACCAGUAGGACAAAUCUGCUGGAGCUGCACCAAGACUUCCUCUCUCUGCCGUUCCAGGCUACAAAUGUUAAACUUGCAGGUCUGGACACGUUCAGCGCUCAUCCCGAGGUUCUGUCCUCUCUGGAUACGUUAGCAGUCGGAAAAAUUCUCCUGAUGGAGACACUGGAGUUGUCUGAAGACAAGACGAUGCCCGUAGCCGUGCUGUACGACACUUCACAGGAUGACGACCUCAACAUCAACUCUGCCUGCCUCAAAGCUCUGCAGGACAAGUCCAUGAACAACUCUCUGACUGUAAAUGCUACCUAUAAGGACUUGUGUGUCACAAACGUGUGUGCAAACGGGAUCAUUCAUUGCCGGCUGCCCUGCAGAGGAAGCACAAGACUCAAGAAGUUACUGGAAGACACAGACAUCAUCCUGAAGUCCCAGAUGACAUCUGAGCUGCUUGUGUCCAGACCUUUUAGCGGCAAGUUCUGUUUAGCCCGACACAGAGGCAGGUGGUCCAGAGCGGAGAUCACCAACAUGUACGGCAACAGAGUGAUGGAGAUCCUGUUCAUUGACUUCGGAGUCCCAGCAACUGUGGAGGUCACUGACCUCCGGGAGAUUCCUCCUGUGUUCCUGAAGGACUUCACCAUCAUUCCGCCACAGGUUAUCAAGUGUCGCCUGGCUGAGCUCACAGUUCCAGAUGGAGACUGGAGCCAAGAGGCCGUUCAGUGGGUGAAGGAGGCCGUCAUGGGCUCUGAAGACGGUAAAAUCAAGAUUUCUAAAUUAGACCAGCACAAGGGGGACUCGUUGGUCUACGUGUACCUCUUCAUUGGCACUGACAGUCAGGAUCUGGACAAGAGCAUCAACCAUCAGCUGGUCCAGUCGGAGCUGUGGCAGAAACUCACAACCAAACACUCCAACAGAGUCACCAGACGGAGCGCCGGAGAUCCAGGUCUCAGUGAACUCGUGGAUGGGUUGACUCUGAACAUCCCAGUACCAAACCAGACUAUCAAGGCCGCAACACAACCUCUGUCCAGUGCUGGGGACUCAUCUCUUCAAGACCUGACAACCAAGACUGCGCAGCCUCUUCUGAUGCCUCCUCCGCUGGAGCUUCCCCAGGCCGGUCAGAACAUGGAUGUGUUCGUGCCUGUCGCCUGCCACCCGGGUUACUUUGUCCUCCAGCCGUGGCAGGAUCUUCACAAACUGGUGGUGCUGAUGGGGGAGAUGAUCCUCUAUUACAACCAAGCGGGGAAGAGCGACGCUGCCAUGCACAUCGAGAAAGGAGGAGUCUAUGCUGCCAAAAUAGACAAGAACUGGCACCGCGUGCAGGUGAAGGGGAUUCUCACGAACGGGCUGGUCUCCGUCUAUGAGCUGGACUACGGCAAGCACGAGCUGGUCCGCAAUACUCUCAUCCAGCCGCUGAUCGAGGAAUUCAGACAGCUGCCCUUCCAGGCGAUCGCCGCACAACUGGCAGGUUUGACGCACAUCCAUUGGUCAGAGGAGACCUCCAUGUUAUUCAGGAAUCACGUGGAGGAUCGAGCGCUGGUGGCCCAGGUGGAGAGCGUGCAGGAGGCGUCGGAGGUUAAAGGUCAGCUGUGGGAGCGCAAGUUGACCGUUUACCUGGUGGACACCACGCUGGAUGAGAAGGACCUCUGGAUCCACAGCAUCAUGGCCGACCUCAGCGGGGAGCUGUCUUCGGCAGCGUAGGACAUCUUGUGGUGCAGCGUGGGACCCGAACACGCACCGACACUGAUAAUAUAUUUAAAUUAACGACUUUCCCUCCUGGUUCUUUGUUUUUCUUAACCUCUGGUGAAAGUGUUCAGUGAACUUUAAAAAAAAAAAAAAAAAAGUCACCUUCUCCUCCCUUUGUUUAUUUUCAAUGUGGAAUCCUCCCCCCAUCAAGGACUCAGAAGAAGCAUGAAGUGAAGGGCCAUGUCGACUCAUGUUAAAGGUUUUGUUGAAGAGUUCAUGUUUUCAGAAUCGAGGGACUAAAGCACUGACGCAGAAGAAUCAACGCUUUGUUUUCUUUAGGUGAAGUCACGUGUGUGUUGCAUGGUUCGUGUGUGUUCUUUAAGACUUCAUUCCCUUGUGUGUUUAGUUUGGUUUGGUGUGUCUAUUUUGCAUUUCUUAGUGUGUAUAUACGUUUUAAGAUUUAUCCAACCAGGAUGACUUCCCUUUGUAAAUGUAAAAACCUGUUAAACCUCACCGACGGGUACACUUUCUUCUAUAUUACUCUAAGUUGUGUGGCUGGAGAGAAUAGGUUAUUGUUUCAUUAUUAAGAGCUGUUAAAAGUUUUGUUCUAUUAAACAUGUAGCCUGAGGAGGGUGAA